AUGGUCAAAUUAUUACCAACCCAAGGCGAAAAUAGACUUGGAAGAGUCCUGGAGACAAGAGAUGCCCUCACAGAAUCAACAAGAGAAGUUAUACUUGUGAAGGAGCAAAGAAGAGGUCAAAAAUGGAUGACAGAUGACAUUGUGUUUCUGAUGAAUGAACGAAAAAAAGUAGAAAGCUGCAAUCCUGAUAAAUACAAAAAGCUGGACAAAACAAUCAAAAAAAUGUGCGUAGAAGCAAAAGAGAAGUGGUUAAAUGACAAGUGUGAAAUCAUUGAAAAGAUCAAAAAUAGUAAUACAAAUGCAUUAUAUAAAAACACCAAAGAAAUCACUGAAAUAAGGGUUUGUACCAUUUCUGGAUGCAUAAAAGCUAAAUCCGGUAAAAUUAUCUUAGAGAAAGAAAAAGUGCUUGAAAGAUCGACUGAAUACACUAACAAUCUUUUCGAUGUCAUCCAUGGUGAAAAGCCUCCUAUUAAAAAAGAUGUAGAAGGACCGAAGAUACUUAGAUCUGAAGUUUGCGCCGCUUUUUCUAUAAUGAAAUCAAAUACAGCACAAGGUCCAGAUGAGAUAGCUGGUGAAGAAAUUAAAUGCCUCGAUGAAUUUGGCGUUGAAAAAGGUCCCCAAAGAGAAUUGCGUGUUAUUUUUGAAUCAAUUCAAACAACGCUCUUUAGAGACUCAGUUUAA